AUGGCCAAGCAGUCAGUGUACCGAGAUGCGAUCAUCGACCUACGCAAGCGUGACGUUUUGACUUUCAAAUUGCUCAAUUGUGCACUCUGUUCGACGCCGUACUCAAAAAGGGCAAAUGAAGUAAAUACACCGACACAAAAGGAUAUGCAAUUUGGGAAAAAGAUGUCUCUUGUAUCAAUGAUGCUCACGACAAAAAUU